AUGAAGCGUCGCAUAACGUUCCUAGUGUCCCCGCAAGAGAAUGAAGCGUCGGAAGAUGCUCUCCGUCUUGCCGAAGACAAACUCGAAAUAAAGGGACUCAAGGCUAUACGCGAAGACCGAUUUACCUUCACGUUUGACGAGUUACCCCAGUUCGUGAAAGAUGUAGUCAGACAGACGCAAGAAUUACAUCUCCGUUUCGAUAACGGAAGGAACUAUGACGAAAAGUGGAAGGGACCAUUCGCGUCCAGACUACCGCUUGGGCUGCAUAUUCUUGCCAUGCCAUUAAGGGAAUCUAAAAUGACGAACCUUUGCUCUUUCAUUCUGAAAUAUGCGGAUAUCCCCUGCGGUUCGAUAGAGACAUCUUUCAUCAGCCGAGGGCGGUUAAAGCAACUUUAUGUCCCCAAUGUGAAUGUUCUACCGAAUAUUCUCAAACCACUUGGGAAUAAGAUAUGCGGUCCCUCGAAAAAGGCCUGCAAGGACAAAGUUUUAGCAUUAAGCACUGCCACUUCAUUAGAUCUGAAAUACGAUGCUGCAUCACAAACCUUAGACAUCAGCGCAAUCUGGGCGACUUCGGAUGGGAAUUCAAAAGAUGGAUCGUGGGAUGUACAGGUUAAGCCUGAUACAUCGGCUGAUAAAGUAGAAGUUGGGGUUCUAACAAGCGGAGGAAAGUCUCCUGAAGAGGAGAUAUCCCUUCGAGGGAAGCUUGCCAUGGUGGGGCAAGAUGAUGAGCUUAAACCUGCUCUCGUUUCAUUCCCGUCAAGGCACCAUGCACGACAAAGCAUCUACAUGGCGGAUUUCAACCGACCAACUGGCUUGCAUCCAAAACUUGAGGUCACGCUGGCCCUUGGUGGGAACUCUCCCGCAGCUGGGUGCACCCUGAAUGCAUAUUUCACGAUACCCCAGCCGUUUUUUGUGGAUCCAUACCAGCUAGAGGACGACAAACUUAUGAAAUCCUACGGUAUAAACAAAAUAAAAGUAGUAGAGGGAGAAACUGAUUUGGAAGCUCCGGAAUGGGCAAUGUCAAAGUGGGGCGCUUUAGUUCUCGCGGAAUUGGAUGUUGCGGAGUAUUUGAGUACAUGGGAGAAAAAGCGUUCGCCAAUGGAGUUCACUCUUCCAUUACAUCUACGGUACAUGCCGACGCACCCCGAGAAGCACAGUGAGACGGCUACGCUACCUUGGCCGAUGGUGUUUUGGGCUUGUCCAUCGGAGCAAUGGAACAAGAUGUCCACCAAUCCAUUUGACAGGAGAAUGCUAGGUUAUGACGAAUAUUUCCCGGAGGAAACUUAUUUCUACCAUCUGACUCCAAAACUCAUCAAUUCCACCCUUUCGAGAUCUAGUUUGGAAGUACCGAUUUUGAAUUCGGUGGACUCCCAAUUAAUCGAAUGGGGAACUAUGGGUGUCAUUGUCAUCGGGUUCUUCUGGGUGUUUGGAACUAUCUUAAGUAGCUUCUUUGGGGCUUCUGGGAAGAAGGUUGAAGAGCACCAGAAGAAGGAGUAA